AUGCCAGUGAAAAAGAAGAGUGGAAAAUCCAAGUAAGUAAACUGGUGUUAGUUCGUGCCGAUGCGAAAAUGAGUCAAGGAUUACUUUGAUCCACUGAGUUAGCUUAUUUGAGCUUGCGUACCCCAACGUACAUUGUGUACGCUUUGAACAUGCUUCUUAAUGUUUACUUUUCUUUCAUGCUAGAUCUGGAGGUAAAAAGAAAGGGGCAAAAAAAGCCAAGAAGUCAAAAGAUGAACUUGCUAAGGUAAAGAAGGGGCACUGCAGUUCUCUUGAAUAUCUUGGUUUUCAAGACCCCCGCGCCGAGUACAGCUGAUUUAGGGCAAUUUCGUAGCGACUGACUGUUGAAACGUACAAAGAAUGUGUCCUUCUGAACAGUUGAUGUGCGCGGGAAAAGGCGUAAGCUUUUAGGGGAGGGGGAGAUGUGGUUUCAUAAUGAUUAUCCUUCUAUCCUGACAAGGACCUUGCAGUUAUAUAUUUAAUACGACAUGUCAAAAUCCUCUUUUCCAUUCGUAAACCCAUGUUUGUGUAUUCAUCCUUUGACUUAUUUUCAAGUCAUUUCCAGAGGUAUCAUCUCGCUGAGUGCAGGGUUGUCACUAAGAUUUCAAGUUGCCAGGUACUUGUUGUAAGUAGCUGGGGAGGUCCCCCCCUCCCCCCCUCCCCCCUCCCCCCCCCCCACAAGAAGAUUUUGAAGUGCAACUUCUACCGUUUUCCAAAAGGCAUUACCGUCCCAAAAAAGCAAUCUUCAUCAAGAGUACAGCUACUUUAGCGGUUUUAUGAUGAUCACGUCUUUAUUAAAGAUAACUACAACAUUCUGAGACACUAAAAUAAUAAGUUUUUACUUUACGUAAAGGCUUGUUGGAAGGUUUUUUUAGUGGCCGCCAAUGGGAAUAUACAUGUAAGCACUGGGUCUGAUAAAAAUGACAGGUAGGCACCGGUCAUGUUAUCCACGCAGUCUUAUCUUCACGAAGACAAGGCGCAUGCUGGCCAGUGAUGUGUUAAAUAUCAUAACGAUACGUUACAAAUGUUAAAAAGUGGAAAGGACAAUCGAUUGUUAUAUGGUGCAAAUGAACUAACAUGCGCUGUAAAAUCAGUUGUAAAUCCUCAUUUAGUUAUACGUAAGAACGAAACAACUUACAGAAAACAAAAGUAAAACUAAUAUUACAAAUGAAUUAACCCACAGAGAAGCGGAAAGAAGACAAGCGGACGAUGAAUGUACCAAAAUCAUCAUAAACAUAAGGUUACUAUGGUGUGUUGAAAAUUAUGAUAAGGCUAAAACAAGCGUAACGUAUGAAAAAUCGUGGGAUAAAAUACCGUAUUUAUUCGAUUUAAACCGCCCUGGGGGCUUAUUAAAUUUUUGGACCUUGAGAGUGGGCCCUUAUUCAGGGUGGGCACUUAUUCGAGGCUGGGUGCUUAUUAAAUUUCACUAUUUUCAGCAAGUGUAGUAUGUUUAUUUUGCAACAAAUAAAAAAAUAAGUCAUGACAAAACGCAAAGAUGUAACAAUUAAAUCAAGUUUCCGUAAAAUACUCUGAAGGAAACUCUGUCUUCGGGGAAGUUUGUAAUUAGUAGUUACCGUAUUUAUUCGAUUAACCGCCCUGGGCGCUUAUUAAAUUUUUGGACCUUGAGAGUGGGCGCUUAUUUGAGGUGGGCACUUAUUAAAUUUUCACCAUUUUCAGCAAGUGAAGUAUAUUUUAUUUUGCAAGAAAACAAUAAAUACUAAUAACAAAACGCGAAGAAUUAACAAAGCAAGGUUUCUGUAAAAUACUCUGAAGAAAACUCCGUCCUGGGGGAAGUCUCUUAUUAGAAUUUAUUCACUCAAGUGAGUGGGGUGGGGGUGAGUACUUAUUCGAGUUUGAUUGGGAGGAGGAGGGGGUGGGCGCUUAUUCGAGGCUGGGCGUUAUUAACUUUUUUUGCCUUUCGGUUGGGCGCUUAUUCGAGGUGGGCGCUAAUUCAAGGUUGAGCGCUUAUUCAAAUAAAUAUGGUAUGGCAAAACUAAACUGCACAACUGGUAACAUUAGUGGUCUGGAAUUUAGGAAUGACACAUCACUUAACAACCGAAGAAACUGACCUACGGAAAAGCAUUUAAAAGACAGGGCUAAUACUUUAUAAACGACGCUGAGAUGUCAAAACGAGACUCAAGAAGAAGAAUGCAAAAGUAAUGCUAAUGCCUAACUUCCCUUUUAUAUAUAACUUCUUGGAAGUAGAACUGAGAGGAUGUGAUUAUGACCUGCGGACAAUGAUCAAACAUUUCCCGCUGACCGUGCGUUAUUUUAUAUACUCGAUACCUAAAGCCUGGUCACUUAAAUGUCAAUUUAUUAAACAUAGCAAUCAGUCAUAGUCUUCAUUUUCAAAGCCUUCAUCAUUAUCCCAUUAUCAUUAACAUCAGCAUCAGAGAGAUUUAACACUCUGAUGAAGCCUCAACUUCUUCUGUGAUGUCAACAGAGAUCUGCUCAGGUCUUUCAUCGUGAACAAAGAGUGCAGUUCCUUUGCCUUUGUUCAACAUGUUGAACACAAAGCCGGCACAAGGGUUGAAACUAAGGACUUUUAGCAUCGACAAAGGUGACGGCAUUGAAAAAGUCACUUUGAAAAUGAAUUGGUGCUUUUUCCAACUUUGUCGCGUUUAUUUCAAUAAUUUCGCUGAAAAUAGCUAAAAAUGUAGGCCAAUUUCCCUGGAGUUGAUUUCUUUGGGAACACACUCAAGUUUAGAAAGAGAAUGAAAAGUUUGUUGUCGCUUGUUUACGUCCUCCAUAAAACGUGAAACUAGGCACUUUCACGUCGUAGUCGUGCAGUGAUGGCAAAGAAAUGUACAAAAAAGCGUGAUGAACGUCCAAACUAGUUGUUUUACUCAAUAAACCUAUUGCGUUCUCGUUGCCGUCACGCGUGUGUACCAGUACCAAAUCUAAGUCAGAUGUCUUUUUCUGACAUUUCUUAGUUUUUGCACGCAAGUAUUUCAAAAUUACUUAAACCUGCUGCAGAAGAAACUUGCACUUAGUUUGAUGGAUAGUCUUUGUGUGUUUCAAAGGUCUGCUCUUUUGGUUUAAUUUAACGAAGAAAGUAGCCGGGGGCCAUGCUCUGAGUAGCCGGAGGAAAUCCCCGGCCCCCAGCCCUUAGUGACAACCCUGCACUGAGUGUGACAAACUAUUAAUUUCCCAUUUUUAUUUACUUACGCCUCUGAGUACAUGUACCUUAAUUUUAGUGGAAAAACCUUUUUGUUGUUCAAAGUGUGUUUUGUUUGGGACAGGAAAAACUUGAGAAAGCAGCUGAGGCAUUUGAAGCAGCUGAUGAUCUUCAUGCUGCGUUUGUAGCUCGCAUGGACAAAUGGAUGCUUGAUAACUAUGCCAGGGCUAUUGAUCUUUUCCGGCGAUUUGAUGUAGAUGGGGAUGGCAGCUUAUCAUAUGAGGAGUUUUAUGCAGGAAUGCGAGACUUAAAUGCACCAGCUAACAAUCUUGAGCUUUAUGUGCUUGCCAAGAAACUUGACAGAGAUAGUAAUGGAUUGCUAGAUUACCUGGAAUUCUCUAAGGGAUUGAAGUAUUAUAAGAAAGAAGAAUGUGUGGAAGAUGAUGGCCUACCUGUUUUGAAAUUUGAAAGAGAAGAAUUGGAGCAGUGUCCUUGUUGUAAACUGGGAUUAUGGAAACCUCCCAAAGAAAAGUAUCCGAGGUGAGCUGUUAAAUAAUUAUACUGCACAUCAAAAUGGAGAUCAGCUUUCUCCAUGCAAGAUGUUCAGUACUGGUGCAGUAAAUACCUGGGACAUAGAAUAUAUUAACUUUAAGAAAGACUAUUGAUUUCUGUUUUCCUUCCUCAGAUACACUGUAUGCUAUUUUUUGUACUGUGUAAAUAUUAGUUAAUUGUUAAGUUAAUUCCAGUAGAGUGAACCCUCUCAAUAUGGAUGCCUGUAGUACUGCAUUACCUCCUUCAAACAGACAACUAAAGUUUCCAUAAAGUUGGUCCCUGCCUUUCAUUACUCCUUUUAUUCUGUUCUUUUUAAAACAGGUGCACCCCAUGCUGGUUUGAAAGGUGUCCAAAUUAGAGAGAGUUUACUGUAUCACCUUGCAAUUAUUUAUAUUUACAAGUCUGUAUUUCUAAGCUUUUUAAGCGCACCAGUAACUUUCAUAUGCAGCAUUUUUGUAGGCAUCAGUUGCCUUAUUAGGGACUUUAAGAUCCAACGAUGCGGACAACAACGAGAACAUCAAAAAAACAAUAGGUUUAAUUAGCAAAACUACAACUUUGCAUGUGCAUCACACUUUUUUGUACAUUUUUUUCCCUUUUUUGCACGACCACAAUUGAAAAUGCCUAAUUUCGCGUUUUAUGGAGGACAUAAACAAGCAACGACGAAAUUUUAUUUCUCUUUCUGAGCUUGAAUAUGGUUCCUUGAAAUUCAGCUUUGGGAUGGUUUGCCUACAUUGACAAAGUAAGUGGGUAGGAAUAAUCGCUAUAAAGACUGAAAAAACUCAAAUUCACUUUUUAUGCAACGUUCUUGUCACCGUCACAUCGUUAAUUUAAUUAAUUAUUAAUUUCAAAAACUUAUAAGGCCCAAAUAUCUAUAUAUUAUAAAUAUAUUCAAAUGCGCCAUAGGGAAAAAAAAACAAAAAAACGAAAACAAAACAAUAAUACUACUAAUAAUAAAAAUUAUGAAUAAUUAUGAUAGUAAAAAUGAUAAAAUAAGAUGAUAAUAUAGAUAUAGAAUAGAAAAACCAAUGGCUAAAAGUUAAAUAGAUAAAAUCUGUUGGCAAAAUCUUAAAAAUUAUAAGCUGAAAAUUAUUUAGUCUAGUAAGCUAAAAAUACAAUCUUAUAAUCUAAGUGGUGCAAAAUGCGUUUUUAAAAAGGUGAGUCUUCAACUUUCUCUUAAAAGUGUCAACUGAAAUGGAUUCCGUAAUAAAUCUUGGCACAGCAUUCCAUAGCUUAGGUGCAGCAAACAGGAAGGCCCGUUCACCGAGAGUUUCCUUGGGCUUAACAUUCGGAUAACUAAGUAGGGUACUGUCGCUAGAACUUCUUAAAUUAUAUUUAGAUACAGGCUUAGGAGUAAUUAAAAAACUUAAGUACGAAGGUGCUAAGCCCUUAAAAAUCUUAAAAGCAAUCAACAGGAUUUUAAAUUCAAUUCUGAACUUUACAGGCAGCCAAUGUAAAUCUACUAAUAAAGGAGUAAUGUGGCAAUAUUUACUUUCAUUGCAUAUUAAUCUAGCACACAUGUUCUGCACACGCUGUAGCUUAUUGAGUUGAUUCUCCGGCAGGCCAUAUAAAAGACUGUUACAGUAAUCGACUCUGCUUGAAAUAAAGGCAUGAAUCAGAGUCUUGGUGUUGUCUUUAGAUAGAUAUUUUCUUAUGCGUCUCAGAUUAUACAAAUAAUAGAAGGCAGAGUUACAUGUUUUUGAAAUAUGGAUUGCCAUCGUCAGCUUGGAAUCAAACCAUGAGCCCAAGUUCCUUGCAGACAACACAGGAGUGAUAGUUGCAGUCCCAAUACGAAGGCUGUUAAGAGAUACUUUAGCUAGUUGCUGUGAUGUGCCAAUGAUCAUGAAUUGGAUCUUAAAGUCCCUAAUGUUGCUACAUAAUUGUAUUUUUAAACAACUAUAUAUUUUUGUCAUCUUUUUUAUGUGUUGCAAGUUGCUUUGAAGUCUGAUAAUUAUUGCUGAUGUUUCAAUCCAGAAAUAUACUGACUUACAUUUUAAUUUGUAUGUUCAGAUUUAUAAGCAUGGAGCUCAAGUUGGUGACAUUUGCAAAUCUUCCACAGUUAAAGUCAUACCCAGGACAUUUUCAGAUAUUUGUUCAUGCCCAUAUACCAGUUUAUUCCAUUGAGUCUAUUAUCAAUGAGAGAUUUGGUGGUACUGCCAGGAAAGUUGUUAUAUACUGCACUACUAAAGAAGGAAAAAGAGUAGAGAUGGAUCGUCACAAGACUCUGGAAGAGUGUGGCUUUUCUGGAGGGCCAAGACCAGAACCUCAACUUGUGGAGUUAUUAUAUGACUUUGAUGUAGAAUAUAACGACUGUCCUAUUCUUAUGAGUGACCAUUACUUCACUUAA